AACAGAGAGGUACAUGGGCUAGAGGGUAGAUCUGGUAUUUUAUUAUAUAAGAGUCUAGGGUUCUUGAAAUGAGUUCCUUUUAGUCUUUACAUCGACGGUGUUCUUGCGGCUUAGCUUUAAACAGCAGAUUCUACCAUGCCUAAGCAAAUUCACGAGAUUAAGGACUUCCUUCUGACAGCAAGGAGGAAAGAUGCUCGAUCCGUGAAGAUCAAGAGAAGCAAAGACAUUGUUAAGUUCAAGGUCAGAUGCUCGAAGUACCUCUACACUCUCUGCGUCUUUGACCAAGAGAAAGCCGACAAGCUUAAGCAGUCUCUUCCUCCAGGUUUGAGUGUGCAAGACCUUUGAAGAUGAAGAAGCCUUUGGUGAUUGAUGAAUCUUUGUGCAAUUCUAUAUUUUUCCUCCACUAAGUUUUGUGUCGUUCAGUUAUGCCUAGACUUUUUGUGGAUUGGUUCAGUUUUUAAUACCAGACUAGAUUUUGAUUA